UCUUUUGCGUACCGCCCUUAAACAAUCUGGAAUUGACAUAACCUCGAUAUCUGGUAAUAGUGGCUUGUUAGAAACCGUUGUAAUGCAAGAUUUAAUAUUUGAUUCUUUUAUCUCUUUUAACAAUAAAUAAAAAUUAUUGUUGGAAAUGUCUCUUGCUCGAAGAGGACAGCAUUGGGGCACGUUUGCCCGAAUUUGGCACAUAUAUGAUGCGAAGUGGCAAGACCCGUACAAAAGUGCAAAUUUAAUAACAACUUAUCUUUUGGGAUUACAUAAACCAAUAUAUCACCCAAUGAACUAUUGUGGCGAUCAUGUAGUGGUAAUAAACAGCAGUCAUAUUGCAUUAUGUGGAGAUGAAUGGCGCAAACGUGUAUAUUUCCAUCAUAACACCUAUCACAAAGGUGAUACUUGGACUCUUGCAUGGGAGUUGCAUAAAAAGGAUCCAACUUUGAUCGUGGAAAAAGCUGUAUACAGAGCACUGCCGAAAUCGUUGCAACGGCGAUAUAAUAUGCAAAGGCUACAUAUAUUUCCGGAUGAUAAAGUGCCCGAAGAUAUCUUGAAAAAUGUAUCUAAUCAAAUCAAACAACUAAGACCUGUCCCUGUCCGAUUGGAUCACAUCCCGCAGGAAGAGAGAGACAGUUUCCCACAAAUUAUAUCGUAUCCUCAGGACUACAUUCUUAAGUAAUACAUUUGAUAUAAAUAGCAUAAUAAAUAUAGUUGAAAAAUAAUGUACACAUUUGA